AUGGACAAAGAAGUUCAGCAGCUGGUGGAGAUGGGAGCCACAGUCGCGCAAGCGCGAGCAGCUCUUAAGCAGUACAAAGAUGUUAUGCAAGCCGCAGAGCGCAUCUUUGAUGGCCACUUCGACAACGUCGUUGACGACGAUGGGGAUGUACGCAUGGCAGCAGAGCCUACGAGAACGCCCGGAUCCGAAGACGAUGCUAUAGAUGUUGACGAAGAUGAUGAUGGCGAACUGGAUGAUGAUGAUGAAGGGGAGGAUUACGCGGACUACGACUCUGAUUACGAUGCCAAACCUACCAAUGGUGGGAAGACAGAUGCAGCCGACCCUUACGCAGGUAUAUUCUUCUCGAAGGACCGUCGCGAAGAAGUCAUCGAAGUCGAUGAAGAUUCGGAAGUCGCGUUCAUUCCGGAGGCAAAUGAACCCGUCAAAUUGAUGACGCAGGGUCAAUGGAUGAAAGGAUGCCCAGAGGGAGGAGAGCAGAGUUUCCUCUUCGCCCUCUACACCGAGUUGACCCAUGGCCCAUGUCGCUGCCCUCAAGAUUGUGGAUCUUCUGUCACGAGGAAGAAAAGUGACUUCUUCGCCAUCUUUUCCGAUUUCUCGACAUACAUCGAGCAUAUCCGAAAGAUAGUCAGGCAGCAGUGCCCACGCUGUCAGUCGGAAUUCUGCUUCGCAUGCGGGGAGUCUGUCUCAGCGGACAAAGGGAAGAGGCCGGGUAUGGGCUCGGACGAACCACUAUUCCACUGCUCUAAUCUACAAGGGGUCAUUUUGGGUGUUGGCCUCUUCAUGUUGGAACAGAUGUACUACGAACAGGUGCACGAUUCCUCGAGCAGCUCAGAUACCCAGCCUCGGAAUAACAAACGUAGGAAAGUCGAUAGCUCUGGCACCCGCGUAUCAUCUCAUUCGAGCACCCCAGUCGAUGACGACGACGACGUCUACUACGCUACUGUUCAGGGAAAGAAAGCUAAAGGCGGAACUGGGUACGCAGGCGAUGUAAAGGAAGAUACGACUGGGCAAAUGCAAGCUCUCGCCAACCAGAAAGCUAAAGACGAGAAAAUCGGAAAUCUACUUACCAGCAUUCGGAAUUACCUACCUUCGUUGCAUCGAGAAGGCGGUGCCCGUACAAGCGAUUAUCUUGUCCAUCCUACGGCUUUGGCUCACCUAAGAAGAAGGUUUAACGCGAUAUGCAGUUCCCUCUUGAGAAACGACUCUCUUGCGGACAUGUCCGAUCGCUCUGUAUUGUACUUUGAACUUUUGGAAUGGCUAGAGACUAUUAGCAAUCACGAAGCACUGGCUAGCAUGAUGGCCAUGCCUAUCAUGGCCGUUGUCUCCUCGAAGGAGAAAGCACCAGAGGGGAAGUCUACAUCCAAGAUUCGAGAGAAGAUCAUUAUCUACGAAGGGAGCUCGGGACCACGCGAGUUACUUGAAGGAAUUGCCAUCCAGGCCCAAGCAGCCCUCAAAGGCCUGGAAGGCAUGAAACCAGCAGAAGUGCAGGAACAGGAGAUGACCGAGGAACAGAAACGUAUGACCAACGAUACGAAGGGGAAGUCCAAAGAAACCGCGCAACCUGUUUCCGAAGAGAACAUGAAGCUCCUCAGCUUUUGUCGGCGGAUUCUUGCUACGACCAACGCCAUUGACAGAUCUCUGCGCGAAACAAAGGGCGAUGCUUUCGUCGACCGACUACAUGCAUCGCUGCCGAAGGUAUAUACCUCAUCCGCUGAAGAGCUUCCGCGAGUUGAUGCGGGUGCAACGGAAGAGAGCGCCAGAAAAGCGUACAUGGAGUGGGCAACUCGCGUUCGCUUCGAGUAUUGCGACCUCACCAUCCCACCGGAGAACGCCAAACCAGACGAGGAUCAAUCACCGAACUACAAAUUCUACUACAACAACGAAGCCCGCAUGCUCGCGAAUUCCGAUAUACCGAAGCGGUCUUUGGCCAUUGCGAAAGAGCUUGCCAUUCUCACCACAAAUUUACCUGUGGCAUGGGACUCUUCUAUAUUUCUGCGCGUAGAUGAGAGUCGAGUGGAUGUGAUCAAGGCCCUGAUCACCGGCCCAGAGGGCACUCCCUAUCUCUUUGAUAUCUUCCUUGGGUCUAGCUACAAUCAGUCACCACCAAGCGUCAAGUAUAUGACGACAAAUGGGGGGAAGUUCCGUUUCAAUCCCAACCUCUAUGCUGAUGGGAAAGUAUGUUUGUCAUUGCUGGGCACAUGGUCGGGUCCAGGUUGGGUUGCUGGCAGGUCAACCCUGCUCCAAGUUCUCAUUUCCAUUCAAUCCAUGAUCUUGUGCGACGAACCGUAUCUUAAUGAGCCUGGAUGGGCAUCCAGCGGAGGCACGCCUCAGUCCCAAGCCUACUCUGCUAAUAUUCGUCGGAUGGUUGUCAAGACUGCCAUGCUAGGCAACCUAAAGAACGCGCCCGAACCUUUCGCAGACGUCAUUCGUACCCACUUCCGGCUCAAGGCCGAAUCGAUUAAGAAGCAAUUAGACGUCUGGCUCGCGAAAGACGACGGCAAGGUGACCAGCGGAGACGGUGGGUACAACGGCAUGGCCAAAGCCGACGCGACGGGCAGCAGCAACGGGUUUCUGAAAGACAUAAAUGAGAUGAAAGCAAUGCUAACACAACUGCAAGAGACAAAGUAG